AUUUGGCUGGGUUUUCCAUUCUCUCUCUCUCAUCUCUCUAUUUCUUUCUUUCUCUCUCUUUUCACUCACAACCCACCUUGGAUUGUCUUUCUGCGACCAACACACGAACACAGACACUUGUGUUCUUAAGGCUUUGUUCAUCACCCAACAACACUUCUGUUUCUCCGAUUUUGCCUCCAAAACUCAUUGCUUCAAAUCUUCAAUCACUCACUCCCCACUUUCAGAUCGGUGUCUCUCUCCAACACAAAAUAAGUUUCUGAUUUUCUGGGGCAGGACUGAAGAUUUUAAUUAGUUGCUUUCAGUCUUGAAGUGCUAAGUUGAGUGUGAGAUGUGAAGUGAUUUUUAACAGUGAUAAUUGGUAAAUGGGGACCCAAACUAUGGGGUCUCAUGGUGGUGGUGGAGAUAGUAAUGGAAAACAGUCCCCACAGCGGCCUCUGGUGCGGCAAAACUCGAUGUACAGUCUCACCCUUGAUGAGGUUCAGAAUCAAUUGGGUGAUUUGGGGAAGCCGCUAAGUAGUAUGAACCUUGAUGAGCUUCUAAAAAAUGUGUGGACCGUUGAGGCAAGCCAGACCAUUGGUGUGGACAAUGAGGGCACAGCACAAGCUAGUCAAUCUGCUCUGCAGCGUCAGGCUAGUCUGUCAUUAACUGGAGCACUAAGCAAGAAAACUGUAGAUGAGGUUUGGAGAGAUAUCCAACAAAACAAAAUCAAUGAGGAGAAGAAGUUCCGAGACCGACAGCCUACUUUGGGAGAGAUGACAUUGGAGGAUUUCUUGGUGAAAGCAGGUGUUGUUGCAGAUGCAUCUUCUAAUAUAAAGAACACUGGUACUAUUAUUGGGGUUGAUUCAAACGUGGCGAUACCACAGUUUCCUUCGCAGGGACAGUGGAUACAAUAUCAACAAGCACAAUAUCCGCAUCCCCAACAAGGUUUAAUGGGGAUUUAUAUGCCUGGCCAGGGUAUAGCACAACCAUUACACAUGGGGGCUGGUGCUUCGUUGGAUGUUUCAUUUGCAGAUGGUCAGGUGGCAUUGCCAUCGCCGCUGAUGGGAACAAUGUCAGAUGGGCAGACACCUGGAAGAAAAAGGAGCACUCCUGAGGACAUGAUAGAGAAAACUGUUGAGAGGAGACAGAAAAGGAUGAUAAAAAAUCGGGAAUCUGCUGCCCGUUCUAGAGCCAGGAAACAGGCAUACACAAAUGAAUUGGAGAAUAAAGUCUCGCGUCUGGAAGAGGAAAAUGAAAGGCUGAGGAAACGAAAGGAGCUAGAGAAGAUGUUGCCAUGUGCACCGCCUCCGGAACCUAAAUAUCAACUUCGCCGAAUAGCAUCAGCUCCAUUCUGAGGUCUGUACCUAGAUGUAGAGGUUUGUAGAUAUGAGUAUCAGGAAAUGCUCCUUGUGGAUUACUGUGAGGUUGAAUCUUGUAUCUCAGGAAUAGUUAUGUGAUGCAUUUUUGCAUCCAACGGCUUGCUUUUAAUUAUUAUUAGGUUCUUUAUAACUUCUCUUUGAAGUUCCUUAGAAGAAAAAAAAAAUUAUGGGAUAUAGUGUAGUUUUACCGUUCACAAUAUAGCCUUUUCAAUCAUGGCUCGAGUUACUUUGGCAUCUUGGGGAUGACAUACUUGUGGGGUCUUGCCAUUUUUCAAGUUAUGGGAAAAUAGGGCCAUUGUUAAUUUUCAAUGCGGAGAUGAUGUUGAUCAUCAAUUACUAAUCA